CCUUUUUCUGGGGUUUUCUUCUCUCCUUCUACUGCGUUCGUUUUCGUCUUUUUUUUACAAAAGAAGUUCAGAAUCAGUUUUGGUUCUGUUUUUUAUUUGGUUUUGAUUUGAUAGCAUGGUUAGACCCAAAAAUGAUCAGAUGAAUUUUAUUCGCUGUGUCUAGAUUGAUAUAUAUAGAGCAUGUAAUAUUUUUUUUUUAAUGAAAAUUGAUCGAAUAUAAAAAUACUCAAAAAGAAGAUAUUGUUACCAAAAAAGGGUAACAAGAUGGAGAAGAUCUGUGUAGCAGUCAGGGUGAGGCCGCCGACGCCGGAAUCAUCAUCAUCGGAGAACGGAUCUUCUCUCUGGAAAGUCGAAGACAAUCGCAUCUCUCUUCACAAGUCACUCGACACCCCAAUCUCAACCGCUUAUUACGCUUUCGACCAUGUGUUCGACGAAAUGUCUACGAACGCAUGCGUCUACGAACUUCUUACCAAGGAUAUCAUUCAUGCCGCCGUCGAGGGUUUUAACGGUACUGCGUUUGCUUAUGGGCAAACUAGUAGUGGAAAGACGUUUACAAUGACGGGUUCUGAGACUGAUCCAGGGAUUAUUCGAAGAUCUGUCAGAGAUGUGUUUGAUAGAAUACAAAUGAUAUCGGACCGUGAGUUUCUCAUCCGGGUUUCGUACAUGGAGAUUUAUAAUGAAGAAAUUAAUGAUCUUUUAGCUGUUGAGAACCAGAGACUGCAAAUUCAUGAACAUUUGGAGCGUGGAGUGUUUGUUGCUGGUCUUAAGGAAGAGAUUGUUAGUGACGCUGAACAGAUUCUAAAGCUUUUAGACUCUGGAGAAGUUAAUAGGCACUUUGGCGAGACAAACAUGAACGUUCAUAGUAGCAGGUCCCAUACCAUCUUCAGAAUGGUGAUUGAGAGCAGGGGAAAAGAAAACUCUUCUACGGAUGCUAUCCGUGUCUCAGUCUUGAAUUUGGUUGACCUGGCUGGAUCUGAGCGUAUUGCUAAAACCGGUGCUGGUGGAGUGCGCUUGACAGAAGGGAAGUACAUUAAUAAGAGCUUAAUGAUUCUUGGUAAUGUUAUCAAUAAGCUAAGUGAAAGUUCAAAGCUAAGGGCACAUAUUCCUUACCGAGACAGUAAGCUAACUAGAAUUCUUCAGCCUGCACUUGGUGGUAAUGCCAAGACUUGCAUUAUAUGCACUAUCGCACCAGAAGAGCAUCAUAUUGAGGAAUCAAAAGGAACUCUCCAAUUUGCAAGCAGAGCCAAACGCAUCACCAACUGUGCUCAAAUCAAUGAGAUCUUGACUGAUGCUGCUUUGUUGAAACGCCAAAAAUUAGAGAUAGAAGAACUAAGGAUGAAGCUUCAGGGAUCCCAUGCUGAGGUGUUGGAACAAGAGAUAUUAAAGUUAAGCAAUCAGAUGCUUAAGUAUGAGUUAGAAUGUGAAAGGCUAAAAACACAACUGGAAGAAGAGAGAGGAAAACAGAAGGAGCAGGAGCAAUGCAUCAAGGAGCAACAGUUAAAAAUUGAGUACUUAAACAAUCUUGUCACUAAUUCAGACUUUAAGAAGAACCAGUCAGAGGACUUUAUUAGUUUAAGAAGGACUCAAGUUGGGCGAUGCAAUGUCAAUGAUAGCAGCGGUUUUCCUGGGACUCCUUGCUUCGAAUCAGCUGAACCUUCCUUUGUGGUUGCUCGGUCGAAGUACUCAGGACUAUCUGAUUUUAGUCCAAUGGUUGAUUCACUGGGGGACGUGGCCGAUGAAGACACUUGGACAAAACUAAACAAGGGUUUUGUCCCAGACCUUGAUCAACUCCAGUUUACACCUGCAAUUAAAAGGCAACCCACUCCAUUAAUUGCUGCAACCACGGAGUGCUCGCGUGAAAAUCAGAAAGUGGUGGAAGAUCUCAAAAGUCAGAUUGAGUUGCUGACCAGUGAAAAGGACAGCCUGCAGGUAAAAUUCAGCGAACAAGUAGUACUGAACAACAAACUUUUGGGAGAGAUAUCUGAGCUCAAAGAAGGAACGCUUCACAUGAAAGAAAUUCCAAAACUGUUAUCUGAGUCGGUUGCUAAUUGCAAGGAUGUAUACAAGGACGUGAUAGUCACAAUGAAGACCUUAAUGGCUGAGAAAGAAUCUCCGACAGCAAAGCUAUUCUUUGGUGUAACUGGAAUCACAACAAGCCUUCUUUCAACUCUAGAAUCACAAUUCUCAAUGAUAAUAAAUGGUCAGAAAGCGGGUAGCAUCAUAGAUCAUCCUUUAUAUGAUCAAUGGGAAACACUUCGUGUUAGUCUGAAGAACACAGCCUCAAGCCUGCUGUUAGACGCACAAGCAAAAGAUGAAAUUCUUAACUCCCACGACAAGGGACAAGAAACGGGUGCAAUGGAGGAGAAGCUGAAGUCUGAGCUCAGUAUAGUCAAGGAAAGAUAUAACGAGCUGGAGAAAGAGUUGUCUUUGGAUAAACUGCUUCUAAAAGCUUCAAGAGAGAGCCAUGAGAGGCUGGAAAAGGAAGUACAAUUCCUGAAGGAAGAAAGAGAUUCAUUAGAUGUAGCAGUCUCUCAAUCAACUCAGAGGUUGAAAGUGAUUGCAUCUGAUAAAGAGAAUGCUUUGAAAGAUCUUAAUGUGGAAGUGAAGAGAAGGAAAGAGAUGGAGGAAGAGAUUAAGCAAAUCAGCUUUGCCUUCUCUAGCAGGCAGAAGUCUCUUAUGUCUUUUCACAAUGAAAUCAAAUCCAAAAUGCAGAAACUAACAACGCAGAAUCCGAAAUUGAAGUAGCAGAAACAGCUGUUUGUGUUAAAGUUUAUGCCAUUGUUACAACUAGCUCAUGUGUUAUUUAUGUAACAACUCAUUACUGGUACUCCAAUAUUAUCUAAAACGAAAGUUCGACUUUGAUAGUACUAUAAUGAAACAUUUAAAACGA